CGCGACCCGGAAGCGCCGCGCUGCGUGACCCGGAAGUACCGGCGGCGCCGCCCGGCAUGGCGGCGCGGGCGGCGCUGGACGCGGCGGUGGCGGCGGCGUCGCGGGACGUGGUUCUGUACGAGCACGACCGCAGCCGCUUCUUCCGCCUCGUGGGGCUCUUCUGCGCGGGGCAGGGCCUCCUCUGGGCCUACCUGGCGCGCUUCGCCUUCACCGCGCUGCGCCCCGUGCCCGCUCCCGGUGCCGGCACCGAUGACCCGCUGCGGCCCCGCGACAACAAGUGGCGCUUUGGCUUCACGGCGUCCUGCCUCACCGUCGGUAACGAGCGAGCGGGGGCUCUCACCGGGGCUCGGGGGGAUCUCGGGGGCUCCCACCGGGGCUCGGGGGGGGGCCGCCGCACGCUGACGGUGCCGCUGCGGGACGUGUCCGGCCGCGCCCACCGCCGCCAGGCCGGCACCGGCACCGUGCCGCUCAAGGUGCGCGGCCGCCCGCUCUUCUUCCUCGUGGACACCGCGGGAACCAUGCGGGAGCCGCGGCUCUUCGACGUCACCGUGGGAGCCUUCCGCUUCUAGGGACACCGGGGACAUUGGGGACACUGAGGAGACACCGGGGACAUCACCGGGACACCGGGACAGCUCCAGGAGCCUUCUGCUUCUAGGGACACCACCGGGACACCAGGAACAUCACCGGGACAGCUCCAGGAACCACGGCUGUUCGAUGUCACCGUGGGAGUGUUCCGCUUCUAGGGACACCACCGGGGACAUUGGGGACACUGAGGAGACACCGGGGACACGACGGGGACACCGGGCCGUGGCCUGGAGACGGCAGGGACGCUGAGGGGACACGGAGGGGACACGGCGGCGGGAGCACCCGGUGGCACCUCCUGUCAACCGCUGUCACCUGCUGUCACCUCCUGACAGCCAGCGUCACCUGCGGUCUCCUGCUGUCACCUGGUGUCACCUCCUGUCACCUGUGGUCACCUGAUGUCACCUCCUGUCACCUGACAGCCAGUGUCACCUCCUGUCACCUGUGGUCACCUCCUGUCACCCGGUGUCACCUGUGGUCACCUGAUGUCACCGGUGUCCCCCUCCUGUCCCCCCGCGGCACGGCCGUGGGGACAGUGCCGUUGUCCCAAACUGUCCCAAACUGUCCCAAAUUGUCCCAAAUUGUCCCAAUCUGUCACAACCUGUCCCCUGUCACCCCCCCAGAAUAAAGCGUGGAGCCCCCCCCGCCCCCCGGCUCUCUGAGGAAGGAUUUUGGGGAGGGGGUCUCCCCUGGAUUGUCACCUGUGUCACUUUGUGUCCCCCUCGGCGAUCGGGGACAGCCCGGGGGGGCCGAGGGGACCCCGCGCCGGGGGUGUCACCCCCAAACCCUGGGACCCCCCCGGGAUCUGGGGGGGAUUUGGGGGAACCCCACGGGGGACACCGGGAUUGUCACCCCCUGUCACCCUCUGGGGACACCCCCGGCCCCGGGGGGGAUUUGGGGUCCCAGCCCCCCCCAACCUGGACAGGUUUUGGGGUGUUUGGGAUGAGGGGAUUUGGGUCAGGAGGGGCCGAUUUUGGGGAUUUUGGGGUUUUUUUUAGGGAUUUUUGGAGUUUUUGGGGUUUUUUUGGGGGUCCCUGAGCUCCCCCUCCCCACCGGCAUUUUGGGGGGGACCCCAAUGGGGACGACGGCAGGGGCGGGGCAGGGCGAAUGCAAAUGAGCGGGCGGGUAAUUAACAUUAUGGAGAGGCGGGGUUAUGCUAAUCAACAACGGAUCGGGAACGAGGCGGGGCGAAUGCAAAUAAAGGUGAGCAAUCGGCCAAUGACGUUGCGAGGCGGGAAAAAGCGGUGGGCGGGGCUACGAAAGAACGCCGGGUGGCUAUUUGCAUGAGAAGGCGGGGUUAUGCGGAUUAAGUCACCUGCAAUGCGCGAAGGGCAUGCUGGGAGGAUAUUUUACGGGGGAUUUCGGGGUUUUGGGGAACCGGAUCGUGCGGGACGCGGGAGGAAAGUGCGGGCCGGGCUGGGAGAGAGGCCGGGAAGGGCACGGGGAGGUCGGCGGGCGCGGCGCGGGGGUGUCCGUGAGGUACGGGCGGGUCGGGCGGGGCCGGGCUCGGCGGCGGGCGGGGCUCGGGCAUCGCUUCUCGGCCUUUUGGCUAAGAUCAAGUGUAGUAUCUGUUCUUAUCAGUUUAAUAUCUGAUACGUCCUCGAUGAGAGGACUUUAUAUUAAACGGAUUUUUGGGCUCGGGAGUUGGACCCGGAGCUUGCUCCCUCCGCUCCGCGCAUCGUCCCGGUAUUGCAGUGCCUCCGGGAACGGUGCACC